UGGGGUUAGAUAUAUCCAUGGUUAACAAUUUAGAUAAAAACACCGAUAACGAUAUCGAUAAAUAUAUCGUUCUUCACUCGAUAACUUCAUAUUCACUAACAAAAUCCUAAUUUUUCCACUCUCUUUUUCAGAUUUCACGCUGUAUCUGAAAAGCGUAAUCCAUCGAAUCGAUAACUGCAGUCUCUACCUAAAGGUUUCAUUGUUGAAGUCCCAAAGGGCCACACGCACACAGUCGCCCACAAAGGCGCUGUGGUGUUAGCGGUUGGUGGCUGCGGUUGCUCCCCAUACGGAGUUGAAGCCACAGAAAAACACCAAACCAAGCCGCUCAUCGAAACGCAAUCAACUCGGAGGAGUAAUACAUCCCCUUACUGCUAAGCGGCAAACAUGAAUGUGAUGCGUAAGCUGCGUGGCAAUACCAACGCCACAGGUUCACCCACCGCUGGAGCAGGUGCCACAGCCAAUGGCAAUUUGUCGCCGGCGGGCGCCGCAAGUGGGGCGCGUGUUGGUGAGGAGACCAACGCUGCCGCAGAUGCGCGCAUACAAAUAAGUCUGCAUACGCUGAAACAACUCUUCAACGAGUACACACACCCCAAGGAAGCGCUCAGCGAGCAUGAAAGGGAUAUGAAAUUGUAUCAAAUGUUGCCGUUAUUUUGCAAGGUUUUCAGCACUUGCCCGGCAGCGGAUAUGAGCGAAAAGUUCUGGGAUGUGGUAGCGUUUUGUCAGCAAGUAUCGCGGCUGAUGGUCAGCGAGAUACGGAAACGAGCCUCCAAUCAGAGCACAGAGGCGGCGUCAAUAGCGAUUGUCAAGUUUUUGGAGAUCGAAACAACCGAAGAGACCAGCAGCGGCUGGAUGCUGCUGUCUACUUUGAAUUUAUUGGCCAACGGAGAUGUGUCGUUGAUACAGGUGAUGACAGCAGCCGCAGUGCCAUCCACGCUCGUCAAAUGCCUGUAUUUAUUCUUUGACCUACCAGUGGUGGAGGACGAUCCAGCGCCGGGCGUUGGCGAGUCAGCUAGCGAUUUCAAUGCCUUCGAGCGUCGCACACUGUUGCAGAAAGUCUUCGUACAGCUGUUAGUUAAGCUUUGCUCAUAUCCGUAUCCGGCUGAGGAGCUGGCGCGCAUGGACGACCUCACACUGCUCUUCUCGGCCAUUACCUCACCCUGCCCAACGCACAACAUUGUGUGGCGCAAAAAUGCAGCAGAAAUAUUGACGACCAUCUCGCGGCAUGGACUUAGCGACGCCGUUGUUAGUUAUAUACAUUCCAAGGGCUGCAUGGCUUUAUGCGUGGAUAAUAUGCAACGGUUGAGCUUUGGAAAUCCGUUGGAAAUCGUCGAAAUGUUUGUUACCGUUUUUUGCUUCCUGAAGGAUUCUAGUCAAGUGUCACAAAUUUUGCUCGAUGAUUUCAAAGCGUCUCAGGGAUAUCUCUUCCUCACCGAUUUUUUGCUCAAAUUCGACACCAGCCGGACGCAUUCCAUUGAAGUACAGGCCGCCAUACGCAAUCUCGUAUUGAUGAUCUCCUCGCUUUGCAUGUGUGGCUUCAAUGAGCUGCGCCCGCCGCAGGUGCAAAACACGCUCUUCAAGAUGCAAAACUUUCAAAUACCACAGGCUAGCUCGCGUGAAACUUGCGUUCGCAAUAUCUACGCAUUCCAAGUGCUGCAAACCGUCUUCCUGAAGUCCACUUCACCGGCACUUUGCUGCACCAUACUCGACGCCAUAUCGCGCGUAUAUCACUCGGAGAAUGCCAACUACUUCAUACUCGAUUCGGAGAAUACGCUUAGUCAAUUUACAGAGCGCAUACAUCUGAAGGGCCCACAGAUACAGGAGAAAUUUUUCGAUCUACUCGAGUUCAUUGUAUUUCAGCUGAAUUUUGUGCCGUGCAAAGAGCUGAUAAGCCUCUCACUGCUGCUGAAGAACAAUCACUCGACCAGCUGUAGCAUCCUCUGCCUGAAAACGCUACUCAAUAUUCUACGUCACAAUGUCGUGUUCAAGGAAGUAUAUCUCGAGGUGGGCAUACUCGAGGUGUUUGUCACCUGCUUGAAUCGCUAUGCGGACCAUGUGCGCAAGAUAACCAAAUGCGAUGAGAGUGUGGUACUUAUGCCGGAGGAAGAUGACGUCGAGGAUCUCACGGAUACGCUGGGCAAGCACGUGCUCGAGGCGCUCACCAUUCUGCUUAGCGGUAAUAAUAACAACGCGAAUGUGUUUCGAGAAUGCAGCGGCGCCAAGUGCAUACACGAUUUGGUGAAGUUCAAACACUGUCGGCCGCAAGCACUGGGCAUCAUACGUGAACUAAUACUGUCUGCGGGCGGCGACGAUGAUAUGCUUUUCAUACUAUCCGUUAUGCAUGCGGUGCCGCCAUACCAGGUGGAGUUCAAAAUACAAAUACUCAAUAUGCUGUUGGGCUGCUUGAAGGACUCGCAUCGCACGCGCACAGUUUUUCGCAAAGUGGGCGGCUUUGUCUACUUGACCAGCGUUUUCGUCUCGCUCGAUGGCAAGUUGUGCGACGAGCCGUUGGUUAGUGCCGAGCCGGACGCGCAAAACAUAACACAGGAUGAUUUGAUAUUGCUGCUGCAGAUUGUCUGCCAAACGUUGGCCACCGCGAUGCGCUUUGAGCCGGCAAAUGCGAAAUUUUUUCAUCAGGAGAUUUGCACUGCUUCGCUUUGCGAUACGCUGCGACUGCUGGGCUGUUUCGGUAGCGCCACUGAACUGAGCGACUUCAAGGGCGAGUUCAAGAAUGAAAGUGCAAUGCAAAAGUAUUUCCACGAAGUUUUCUCGGGCGAUAUAUUAAACUACAGCUUCAAUGCAGACAUACCGCGUUCGUUGUCCUACGUAUGUGUUGUGUAUCGUCUGUUGUACAGCAUUGCUUUGGACAGCUUCGAAACGCCAAAUUUGUCGGGCGUCAUAACACUCUUCAGCGACUCGCAUUCGCGUUCGCCCAGCAAAGAGCUGCCACCUGCGCAUCCCAACCAAUUGAACCUUACGCAGCCCACACCAGAGCCACGCAUUGUACACCCAGGCGUUGUACUCUGUAUGCUCCAGCUGCUGCCAAGCAUCUCACACGACACCAGCGCCGUACUGGCUCUCAAUCUGCAAGUUUAUCUUAGCGAAAUCAUCAAAUCCUUGGUGCGCAACGAGCGCAAUCAGCAAAUCAUGUGCGACUAUGGACUCGCAGAGCAGCUGUUGAAAAUUGCUCGUAACGCUCUCUCCGAAGAAUCCAAUCCGCUGCACGUUUCUAUGCAGUACGUGUUGGAGCGCUUGGCCGCGCAGGCUUUGCAGCCCACAGAGUUGCGUGAAUUCUUGCGACUAGGUGAGCCGCUUUCCUGUGCCGACAUCGACUUGCGCAAACCGUACCGCAUGGGUGGCCCAGUGCCGUUGACACGCAUCAAGACGCUUGUUUCGAUGACAACACCACGAGACUUUCGCGCGCAUGGUUCGAGCACUUUGCCACCAUUCGUGGAGAUGGACAUGUCUGCAGAGGGCUUUGGCUGCUUGUACUUGCCAUCGCUGGCACCACAAGCCACCGCCACCACUGGCGGCACAAUCGAUGCCAACACAAUCGGAGGCAUUGGCGCUGGUGAUCGCAUUUUUCCACCCCAAACAGGACUCUCGUACUCCACUUGGUUUUGUGUGGAGAAGUUCUCGGAUCCAAAGACGGAUCCACAUUGCGUACGGCUGCUGACGCUGGUGCGUACUAUACACAAUCCGCGCGAAGAGAAUUUGGUUUGCUUAUCAAUACUGUUAUCGGCGCGCGACAAAGCGAUUGUGGUGUCCACGCAGGAGACGUUGGUGACGCCGAGCAAAAGCCUAGGCGAUUGGGAGCCUGAAGGUUCAGACGAUGGCAGUGCACGCAUUUGGUGUCCCGAUUUGUUGCAUGAGGGCCAAUGGCAUAACCUAGUUGUGGUGCUCAACCGCGCUGUACUAAAGAACUCCAGCCUUUCACUGUACUUGGAUGGCACCCCCAUGCACACGCAAAAACUUCAUUAUAUAUCCCAAAAUCCGGGUGCUGGUUCCGUCAAUCUGGCCGUUGCCAGUCAGGUCUAUGGCUACAUUGGCACUCCUCCUAUUUGGCGGCGUUAUUCGCGUCUUUGUUGGAAGCAAGGCGUUUGUCAUUUGUUGGAGGAUGUGCUCACGCAGCAAACUGUACAGACCAUUUAUAACUUGGGGCCACACUACAUGGGAUCGCUGCAAGCGCCGCAACUAGGCAAGCAGUGUGAACCGCUGCCGCCUUUGGUGCCGGAAGACCGACUUCUCCUGGGACUCAAUGCAAAAGCGGUUUCGCAAUUAACUUUGGUAAAAAUACGUAAGGUUUAUAGUCGCGUCGAUAACAAAUCCAUAGCCAAAGUAUUGGGCAUGAAUUCGCAUGAGAAUGCCACGCCCAUAAGAAUCCUGCAUAAUUCUGCUGGCCACUUGGCGGGCGCUGGCCGCUCACUCGGCGGCGUAGUCGUCGGCUACUUGGGCGUGCGCGUCUUCAGUCCACACCCCGUCUCUGCCAUGAUCGAUACGGUGGGUGGUUGCAAUGUGCUGCUGGGCAUCAUCGCCAUGGCGCAGGAUGUGGAAUCACUUUACGCUGGUGUCAAAGCGCUCACUUGUGUGGUGCGCAGCAAUCGGGCUGCUCAAAGCGAAAUGGAUCGCAAGCGCUGUUAUCAAACACUGGGCAUGUUUUUCAAGAAGAAAAAGAAUCUACUCAAUUCGCACAUACUACACUUGACUUUUGGCUUGGUCGGCACCGUCAGCAGCGGCCAAGAUAUGUCAGCCAUUCCUAAUAUAACCGCUUUCCAAGAUCUGCUCUGUGACUUAGAAAUUUGGCAUAAUGCGCCAAAUGGCCUGCUACGCUCGCUGCUAGAACAUCUACUCGAGUUGGCUAUUGAGUCGAAUGAGAAGAAGCAGAAUGUGAAGAUCAUGGGCAACCUGCAGCUGCUCAACAAGCUAUUGCACAUCAUUAUCGACAUACAAGAUCACUCGACGCGUGAGAUACUCUUUAAUCUGAUUGAGACACUGCUUGGCGGUCAGCCGCGCCACAGCGACCUGUUGCUCUUCGGCCAGUACAUCGCUGCCAAGUUGCCCAAGUCCGAUCAGGUUGAGAAGUCAAUCAUACUGCCAAGUAUGCGACCCACGGCUGGCGUUAAUGGAAAUGCUUUCAGCGAUCAAGAGGCCAUGGCUCAAAACAUUUAUCUACGCAACCGCUGCCUCUCGCUGCUGCAUGGGCUGCUCUUCACGCCACGCAAUACCGUCAACUACAUAAUUUGCGACGACAUCUCUAAGACGCUGGGCAUGGAUUGGCUUCUACUCUUCAUGCAACCGCAUGUACACUUCACGAGCGUCAUUAUUGCGGUGCGUAUUUUGGUGGUGGUCUGCGCCAAUGAGAAUUUCAUGGUGCGCUUUAGGGACUCAACGCACAAUGGCGGCUACUUGCGCUUCACCGAAAUGGUUUCGCAGAAGAAAAUUUUGGCAUUAGGAGCUCCACAGUUGAAUACGGGCGUGCAGAACACUGGCGGCUCGGUUAUUGUGACCACAGCCAAUGUCGUGCAGCACCUACCAACGCAGAUCGCUGGCGAAGUGCGCACUAUAGCGCUGAGUAUACCAGGCUUCCAAACGCUCGAGUGGUUGCUCACUCAUCAUCUGGACGUACCGGAGCUAUAUUUUCUCAUCACCGCUCUGAUUAUGGGCCAACCAGUGAAAGUGCUCGCAUCUGAACACACAAAAUUCGAUUUAGACCGCGUGCGUCUCUUCUUAUGGGGCACACCACCCUCUUCGAAUGCGCCACUCCCAAAAAUGAAUGUUUGCCCCGAGGCUGUUUGCGUGCUGCUGGGCAUGGUCCGCGCGAUUGUACACUCGAUCGAAUGCGCCAACUGGCUCAACAGCCAUCCCGAGACAAUAAUUCAACUGCUCUUCAAUUUAUAUCAGAAUGUCACCGACUUCAUGCCCGUCAUGAUGUCCGGCGACGUCAUUAGCUCACUGGUAGCGGUGCUCUUCCCCAUUUCGAAGGAGCCGAAUAUUGAUUCCGAGCCGAAUAGCGGCAACUCAUCGCCCACCGAUAAUGGUAGCGGGGGUUUUUUGCUGCACGCCGCACACAGUGGCUUGAAUGCGCCCGCGCACAGAUUGACACAACAUCCGGUGCGCAAAUGCAUUAUUGAUUUCCUGCGCGUGAUUGUUGUCGAUUCGCUCAGCCUGAAUAUGCAUGGUAAGACCACGCCCGUAAUUGAUCUGGUGUUGGAUGCAUCACCCGAGGCGGCGGAAGUGGCAUUGCAAGUUGAGUAUCAGACGGAAAUCAUCACCGCCUUGAUGGAGCAUUUCCUGGCUGCGGAUGUUUUAGUGGGCGAGCAAGCGGCGCUCUCCAUUGUGCCGCUGCUACAAAGCCACACUCAGCACAUAGCGCCGAACGUCUUCUACUUCACAGCGCGCGUGGUAGACAAGAUGUGGCAGGGCUGCUUGACGCGAAAUCCGCACGACAUUUUCGACUUCGUCAUCAAGUUGAUUGCGCAAGCCAAGCGGCGCUCCUCUUCGCUGACCAUAGAGCAGCUGCAUCACUCACUAAAUCGCACGAUAUUAUUCCUGCUAUCGCGUCCCACAGAGUCAAUAGCCGAACAAAUGAGUGUGCUGGAAGCUUUGCACAACAUUAUAACCCAUCGCUUGCUCAUCUUUGGCGCUGGCAAUCACGAGUUGGAGUUCAUCGGCUGCCUGACUUAUUGUUUGCUGCAAUUGACGUCGGAUAUGAAAAUUAUAUUAGAACCGGCGAAUAGAAACACCACUUGGCAUGUUAAUCCACAAACGGAUACAGUGGAGCCAAAGGAUGAAGACCUCAAUCAGCUGCAGGGCCGAAAUUUAAUUGUGGGCGCCGCCUUUCGCGUCUGGGAAGAGUUGUACGUUUGCAAGAAGCCAGCCAUUGAAGAAGUAUUCAAAGUAUCGCUUACGCCACCACCGCCCAAUUCCAAAGCGCCUGAUUUGCAGAGCACGCGCGAGCAGGUAAUGGAGUUAGCCUCCAAGCUGUGGUUCAACUAUGUGGAUGCUGAACGUAAGGCUUCCUAUCGCAUACCCUGGGAGAUACACAAUCAAAUACAGUCGAAAAUACAGAAAGUCACCGGCGGUUUGACGCGACUCGCGAGUCGCACCAAAGUCAAAAAGGAUGAGCUCGUACGCAUCAAAUCAACAAUGAGCAAGGAGAGCGCUUUCGAUUGCACGAGCAUACAUGUGCAGCUGAUCAAGGACCUUUGGGAGCUGCGCUGCAAGCAAUACAUACAAAUGCAACAACACACGCAGCGCUACGUCUAUCAAGACUGGAUACAGUCGGAGACAGAAUUGACACGUGAACGUGGCUUGUGGGGCCCAGAGGGCAGUUCUUCGUUGGAUAAAUGGAUUUUGGAUACGACAGAGGGACCGCAUCGAAUGCGCAAGAAGACAAUGCGCAAUGAGUUAUUCUAUUUGCACUACCCUUACAGACCGGAGAUCGAUUUGCCUGAUAAUGUAAGUGUAAUCGAGACAGGUGCUAUAGAAAGCGAUAAGAAACGGUAUCAAGAAAAAUAAGCUCAAAUAGCUCGGAGCUCGGAGCAUUACAAAAAAAAAAAUAAGAAACUACAGACUUUCGUCCAUUAUGUAAAAUUUUAUUAU